UCAUGAUCAAUUUGGCUCCAAGUUUAAGCAUGGCCACUGAAUAUUUGUGUGUUUCUGUUUUCCAGGCUGGCCUUGUGACCACUCUAAGUACUAGGACCAUUGUCUUCGGUGCAACAAAUCCUAAAGGGCAUUAUGAUCCUGAUCAACCGCUCUCUGUCAAUACAACACUCUCUGGUCCCUUAUUGAGCAGAUUUGACAUAGUCCUUGUCCUUCUUGACACGAAGAAUCCUGAGUGGGAUGCAGUUGUAUCAUCUCACAUUCUUGCCGAGGGAGAACCAGGUAAAGGAAAUCAUGAUGAAAAUAUAGAAAAUAUCUGGCCACUUUCAAUGCUGCGCAGGUACAUUCACUUCGUAAAAGGAUACUUCAAACCAAUCCUUAUGAAGGAAGCUGAAAAAGUUAUUUCAAGCUAUUACCAACUUCAAAGAAGAUCUGCAACUCAAAAUGCAGCUAGGACAACUGUGCGAAUGCUGGAAAGUUUGAUACGCCUGGCCCAAGCUCAUGCAAGGCUUAUGUUCAGAAAUGAGGUUACUCAAUUAGAUGCCAUAACUGCAAUUUUAUGCAUUGAAUCUUCGAUGACUACCUCAGCUAUUGUGGACAGUGUAGGGAACGCCUUACACUCUAAUUUCACAGAAAACCCCGAUCAGGAAUAUGCCAAGCAAGAAAGGAUAAUUCUUGAAAAGCUGAGAUCAAUUGAAGAAUUUACUGACAUUACCGAUAUGGAAGAAUUGUGACGAUGAAAUUGUAUGGAGAUGAGAACAUUAUGGUUGGCAAAGUUGUAUCCACAGUAGCCCUACGAUGUUAAGUAAUGUAUAAAAAACAUUUUGUUGUUCUAGUAAGUUUAUUUCAAUUGGUACUUCUGUUUCUUUCCUAUAAUAAGUGCAUGGGAUUGGAUGACUGUUUCAUUGAAGUAAUUAGUGGUGCAA